GGAGAAGUCGUGCUCGCAAUUCUGGUGUUCGGAACUGAGGCGACGAGACCGUAGGCUCCAGGCCCGUAGCCAUCCACGCCAGCUACCUCUGUUGUCCUGUCAGUAUGUCAUAGUCAACCGGUUGACUUAGAAGCGUGUUCUAACGUAUCUGCAGCAACAGUCUCGGCCCCACACCAGCUGCGCAUGCAGGAGCAAGAGCAAUGCCGCUCAACCCAUUGCUAAACGCCGCCGAUUCCUCGGCUGCUUCGCCUUGACCCCGCUUCCUACCCUCGCCGCUCUUCGUCCUUCGCCCCUGCAAACAAUUCCGCCGCCCCUCCCACCGCGCGCGCCCAACCCAUCCUGCCCUCGCUCAGCCGUCCAGUCCCGCGCUGCCGCCGUGUCAAUACGAGUGGGACUGCCACUAGCGAUACACGACCCACAAUCGGAUCGCGUGCCUCCAGCUGUGGCGCCGCUCGUCGCCCACGGCAUGCACUCGUUCCAGCCGUCAUCGUCCCCCGUUUCCUUCUCCUCGCUCCUCGCUCCUCGCUCCUCGCUCCUCGCUCCUCGCUCCUCGCUCCUCGCUCCUCGCUCCUCGCUCCUCGCUCCUCGCUCCUCGCUCCUCGCUCCUCGCUCCUCGCUCCUCGCUCCUCGCUCCUCGCUCCUCGCUCCUCCACAGCUUCCUGCCAGCCGCACGAGACGGCGGGUGAGCGGGGGCGAUGAGGAGCGACGAGGACAUACAUGGCGCAGCGCCCUCCCACCCCGCCACCUUCACCCCCUCCAUGCCCGCCUGGCGCCAGGCGCACAUGUGGGUGCUGGGCGUGGUGCUGGCGGGCGUGGUGUACGUGCACUGCCACGCCAUGCACCGCCCCCUGCUCGCCCUCGCUGCCGACGUACUGCUCGUGCUCGCCACUGCCUCCGCCCUCCUCUCGCUGCUCUCCCGCGCCCUCAACCUCCCCCCGCUGCUGCACCCCUCGCGCCCCUGGCAGGUGUCGGAGGCGGCAGCGGAGGCGGCAGUGGCAGCGGGGGCCAACGUGGUGGGGGCGGCAGAGGGCGUUCUGCGCGUGGCGGCCAGUGGCUCCGACGUGCGCCUCUUUGUCAAGGUGAUUCUCUUCCUCUACGCCACGGCUGCUGUCGGCCGGACUGUCUCCCUCGCCACUGUUGUCUUCAUCUGUGUUGUCAGUGGUUUCACAGUCUCCCUUCUCCUUUCCCUCGCAUCCACAUUGUCUGGGUUGUUCAACACUCUCGGCUCUUCACGGAAGCACAUGACUGCUACAUGACUUCUUUUUCUUCAUCGGUUUUGCAUGUUCAAAUCUGAACUUUCAUGCACAGCCCAAUCAAACGCCGUGAAAGACAGUCAGGUACGGUGGAAAGUGUUUACAACAAUCUACGCCUACACUCUACCUUCGCUGUUGUGUCUUCUCAGCUCGAGCUAUCGUGAAAUGAGCUUCGUUAGCUGAGAUGCGAACAAAUGAACUCAGAGUUCUGGGCGUAACGUAAUCUCUCGGAUAAAGGACCCACCGGCAAGAGAGUCCAUGGGUCUUUUAUCCGGAUCUGAAGACAGUUAUUUUCGCAGUCCUCUUGAGGACCCACUUUUUGGCAUUGAUCUUUUUAACACCCACCAUGUUUGUAUCGCACGUAUAGUUUUACAGUGGAGCUUCUCGCUAACGAGGUCCUCGCAUUGUGCGCAUGGGUCAUGGCAGUCAAGAUGCCAUCACCAGGCCCCCAAAUUGCAGACUGUUUACUCUGAUUCAGCUUUUUUUCAGAGUUUUUUUGGGGGUGUACUCUGAUUGCAAAUACUUCUUUUUGUACCGUACUAUGAUUUUUCAGAGAACCUUUUUGUACCUACACUGUUUUUUCAGACAUUUUUUACUA